UAUCAGAUUAACCUGCUUCAUGAAAUAAACAGUGAAAUAUUACCUCUUGUGUUCCAAACUUGGACCCAUAAAUACCUCCACUGUUCAGUUGCUCAUUUCUACUUGGCCUGCGCUUCAGAUUUCCGUGAGGUGCGAAGACUACACACAGAGCUUUAGUCCGCAGCUAUGAAGACCCUUCUCCUCCUCUUUGCCAUCUUCUUGGUUUCCUGCCAAGCUGUUCCAGGAGAUGGUUCGGAUGCACUUGAUACACUUGAAUGUGUUCGGAACGGGGGCUCCUGUAACUUUGGUCCAUGCAGGGGCAUUUCUCAACCUAUGGGAACCUGCCGGAAUGGCGCUUUAACCUGCUGCAGAUGGCCUCACCCAGCCUAGGCUGAGAUGUUCGCAGUCUGGAUCUGUGCAUGGAACAGGAAUUAUAUGACCUAGAAAAGACCCACUGGCAUUGCUUAGACUCUUAGAACCAUAUGUGCAUUCAUUAAAGGCAUGUUCUGGUC